AUGGCAAUAGCGAUGGAAGUCAUUGAAGUACCACCUUACAUUUCUGACGAAGAAGACGAUAUGAAUGCAAGUGUUCAAGUUGAACGUAAGAAACGAGCAAAAAAGACGCAACAUACAUGGAUGAAAGAAAUCGUGUUUAAGAAUGCUGAUGAAGCUGAACAAGCGGUAAUUAAUGAAAGACAAUGGAGUGCAUAUUAUACUAAUACAACAGCUGAUGGGAAAAAGAAAGUUUUUCGAUGCAACCAGGUUAAACGUCGUGGAAAACAAUGUGAUGCUGGUAUUUAUUUGUUGUUUAAUUCGUAUAAUGAAGAAGUUGUCUUAUUCCGCGACACAUCUGAACAUACUCAUGAUCUUAUACAACAAAAAUGUACAAGAAUACCAGAUGCCGUGAAAGUGGUUAUUAAAGAAUUGUAUGAAUUGAAAUUGAAGCCUAAAGCUAUUAUCGAAGCAUUAUAUGAUCGUGGAAUUGUUGCACCAAGUAUAAGUCAAUUGAAUAAUUACUUAAGAACAUUGAAGACAAAAAGAUUCGGUUCAACAGCAAUAAGUCUUGGCGAAAUUGAACAAUGGUGUAUGGAAUCGAGCAGAUCAAUUCCAGAAUCAGAUGAUGUAGGUUUUGUUGUAUCUUAUGAAAUUAUUUAUGAUGGUGACGACGAUGAAAAUGUGGAUGAUGACGAAUAUGAUGAUGGAAAUAAAUUUCGUUUUUUUGUUUCGACAAAAAGACUUUUACGUAUUGCCUCUACAUCGAAGAAAAUUCAUGCUGAUGCCACUUAUAAGCUGGUGUGGCAGGGAUUUCCUGUUCUUAUUGUUGGCACUACUGAUUUAGAUCGACAAUUUCAUUCAUUUGGCAUUGCUGUUUGUUCCAAUGAGAAAUCGAAAGAUUUCACAUUUGUUUUUCAUGCUCUUCAAGAUGGUGUAAAGAAACUUGAUUUACAAGAAAUUAAUCCAGAUGUUUUGAUUGCAGAUGGUUCAGAUGCAAUUCGUAAUGGAUUUCAAGCAACUUUUGGAGAAAAACCCACGGUUAUGUGUUGGGCUCAUAUGCGGCGGAAGGUGGUAAAGAAGAUUGAAUCUAUGGUAGACAAGACGGAACAAAAAGAUUUGAUAGAAGAUAUUGAAGCGUUACAACUAGCACAAUGUGAACGAAUAUUUACGAAAGCUUCCAAUCUUUUUAUCAAAAAAUGGAACAAGAAAGAACCAAAGUUUAUCGAAUAUUUUCAAAAUGAAUGGUUAUAUUCACAUAAUGGUUGGUAUGAAGGCAUUAAACAUUUAACUCCAAGCACAAAUAAUGGUUUGGAAUCAAACAACAGAGUUAUUAAGGAUGAAAAUACAUUUCGUGAACGUCUUCCAUUAUCCAGAUUUAAAAUCUUAACAUUAGAAAUUGUUGAAAAAUGGUCGAAAUCGUAUGAACGAGGUCUCAAACAAUUUCAUGAUAAGCAAAUGGUGACAUUAGAUAUAUGGACAAAUAGUUAUCAAUGGGUCAAGUUAAACAAGUCAAUUGUAUCGACAAAACUAGAAAAUGAAAUUGAAUUUUACAUACCUGCUGGACAAGAAUUAAAUAUUUCGAAAAGUGAAAUUGAUGCUAUGAAAAAAAUGAAAUGGUAUUCGUUUGACCAGUAUAAAGCUAAAGCAUUUAAUAUCUGGCAUGUUACAUUACCAAUGGAUGAAGCAAAAGGGUUAGAUGGUCAAUGUAAUUGUGCUGAAUUUUUCAAAAAGUUUAUGUGCAAACAUAUCGUUGGAUUGGCAAUAAGAUUAAAUUAUUGUAAGCCACCACCUGCUGCAAAAAACAUUAAAAUUGAAGAAAAAAGACGUAGAGGUCGACCUUCAAAAGCUAAAAAAGCAUUGUUUAUUCAAUAA